GGUUGAGCGCAAGAGUCCGGAGCCGUGGCUGCCGCGGGCGGUGGGCGGGCGGGGUAUCACCGGACCACCAGCGAAGCUGCCCAGCAAGGGGCAGCCCCCGCCGGCCAGUGGCGGAGCGCGGGAGCCGCCGAGGGACCGCCCGCAGCGGAGUGGCGAGGACCGGCGCUGGGCUUUUCUCCACCCGACUGCUGAAGCUAGAGCCGAUCUCCCCUGUCUCCACCGGGAGAACCACAGGAGAAAGGCCCAGGUUCUUCCUGCCUGAACUAAUCCAGUGGGAAGAUCAUGGUCAUAAGAAUCUGAGUCCACUAGGUUCUUUAGGAUCUGUGUUUAGCAUGGAGAAUGUGUACCUUAAGACACUUUGCAAGCUGUCUCAGAGAGGAAACAGGUACCUUCGAAGUUCAUAAUUGUCUUAAAAUCUGAGGAUUCCACCAAGAUAAUAUGAUAAGAGCUCACAAUGAUUUGGAACCACAUCCUACUUAAACUAAUGUAAGACGUGCAGAUUUCAUGAGAGUGUGGUACAGCUGCAAACAUUGCUUUCCCAUUGGCAUAGGCAGUAAUGCCAUCUCUGCCUCAGGAGGGAGUUAUUCAGGGACCCUCUCCCCUGGAUUUGAAUAUGGAGUUACCUUAUCAAAGCACCAUGAAAAGAAAAGUUAGAAAGAAGAAAAAAAAGGGAAUCAUUACUGCAAAUGUUGCUGGGACAAAAUUUGAAAUUGUUCGCUUAGUAAUAGAUGAAAUGGGAUUUUUGAAAACUCCAGAUGAGGAUGAAACGAGUAACCUUAUAUGGUGUGAUUCUGCUGUUCAGCAGGAGAAAAUUGUAGAGCUGCAGAAUUACCAGAGGAUCAACCAUUUUCCAGGAAUGGGGGAGAUCUGUAGAAAGGAUUUCUUAGCAAGAAAUAUGACCAAAAUGAUCAAGUCUCGGCCUCUGGAUUAUACCUUUAUUCCUCGAACAUGGAUCUUCCCUUCUGAAUAUACUCAAUUCCAGAACUACGUGAAAGAGUUGAAGAAAAAACGGAAGCAGAAAACUUUUAUAGUAAAACCAGCUAAUGGUGCAAUGGGUCAUGGGAUUUCUUUGAUACGAAAUGGUGAUAAACUUCCAUCUCAGGAUCAUUUAAUUGUUCAAGAAUACAUUGAAAAGCCUUUUCUAAUGGAAGGUUACAAGUUUGAUUUACGAAUUUAUAUUCUGGUAACAUCAUGUGAUCCAUUAAAAAUAUUUCUGUACCAUGAUGGACUUGUGCGAAUGGGAACAGAAAAGUAUAUUCCACCUAAUGAGUCCAAUUUGACCCAGUUAUACAUGCAUCUGACAAACUACUCUGUGAACAAGCAUAAUGAACGUUUUGAACGGGAUGAAACUGAAAACAAAGGCAGCAAACGUUCCAUCAAAUGGUUUACAGAAUUCCUACAAGCCAAUCAACAUGACGUUGCUAAGUUUUGGAGUGAUAUUUCAGAAUUGGUGGUAAAGACUCUGAUUGUAGCUGAACCUCAUGUCCUGCAUGCGUAUCGAAUGUGUAGGCCUGGUCAACCUCCAGGCAGUGAAAGUGUCUGCUUUGAAGUCCUGGGAUUUGACAUUUUGUUGGAUAGAAAACUAAAACCAUGGCUUCUGGAGAUUAAUCGAGCCCCAAGCUUCGGAACUGAUCAGAAAAUAGACUAUGAUGUAAAAAGGGGUGUGUUGCUCAAUGCACUGAAGCUACUAAACAUCAGGACCAGUGAUAAAAGGAGAAACUUGGCCAAACAAAAAGCUGAGGCUCAAAAGAGGCUUUAUGGUCAAAAUUCAAUAAAAAGACUCUUACCAGGUUCCUCAGACUGGGAACAGCAGAGACACCAACUGGAGAGGCGGAAAGAAGAGUUGAAAGAGAGACUUGCUCAAAUACGGAAGCAGAUUUCAAGAGAAGAACAUGAAAAUCGACAUAUGGGGAAUUAUAGACGAAUUUAUCCUCCAGAUGAUAAAACACUGCUUGAAAAGUAUGAAAAUUUGUUGGCUGUUGCCUUUCAGACCUUCCUUUCAGGAAGAGCAGCCUCAUUCCAGCGAGAGCUGAAUAAUCCUUUGAAAAAAAUGAAGGAGGAAGAUAUUUUGGAUCUUCUGGAACAGUGUGAAAUUGAUGAUGAAAAAUUGAUGGGAAAAGCUACCAGGCCUCGAGGACCAAAGCUUCUAUGUUCUAUGCCAGAGAGUUCCGAGGUAAUGAAAAAGCAGAAGUAUUGUAGCAGCGACAGCAGUUAUGAGAGUAGCGGCAGCUCCUCAGAAUCUGACGAAAACGAAGAAUACCAAAAUAAGAAAGGAGAUGAAGAGCAAGUUCCAUAUGAUCUUAAGCACUCCAACCACUGCAAAUUAGUUCAACAAUCCAAUUCCAUGAGGCGGUCAGUCAGUUGCCCUCGGUCCAUCUCUACUCACUCACCUCCCAUGGGGGACAUUCGCCCUGUUUCUGCUCAACAAGUGAUAUCAAUAUCGCGGCCAACUUCAGCAUCUCGGUCACAUUCCUUGAAUCGUGCUUCCUCCUACAUGAAACAGCUCCCUCCUGGUAAUGAAGCCAACUCUGCCAACUCUGAGGUGAGUGAGACUUUGCGGCAGCUGAAAACAAAAGAACAAGACGAAGAUUUAACAAGUCAGACCUUAUUUGUUCUCAAAGACAUGAGGAUCCGGUUUCCAGGAAAGUCAGAUGCAGAAUCAGAACUUCUGAUAGAAGAUAUCAUCGAUAACUGGAAGUAUCAUAAAACAAAAGUGGCUUCAUAUUGGCUCAUAAAAUUGGAUUCUGUGAAACAGCGAAAAGUGUUGGACAUAGUAAAAACAAGCAUUCGUACAGUUCUUCCACGCAUCUGGAAGGUAGCUGAUGUUGAGGAAGUAAAUUUAUAUCGGAUUUUCAACCGGGUUUUUAAUCGCUUACUCUGGAGUCAUGGCCAAGGACUCUGGAAUUGUUUCUGUGAUUCAGGAUCCUCCUGGGAGAGUAUAUUCAGUAGAAGCCCAGAGAUGGUAACUCCUUUGCAGCUCCAGUGUUGCCAGCGCCUGGUGGAGCUUUGUAAACAGUGCUUGCUAGUGGUUUACAAAUAUGCAACCGACACAAGAGGAUCACUCUCAGGCAUUGGUCCUGACUGGGGUAAUUCCAGGUAUUUACUACCAGGAAGUACCCAGUUCUUCAUGAGGACACCAAUCUACAACACAAAAUACAAUUCUCCUGGAAUGACUCGCUCCAAUAUUUUGUUUACAUCCCGAUAUGGCCAUUCAUGAAACUGAAAGGAAGAUCCAUCAUAGGUCAUGCAUAAUAGCAAUUAAUUUACUGCCUCAAGUUGAACACACAAAGACAGUAACCCUUAAGUGCUGUUUUAUGUAUAUAUGACAUAUAUGUGUGGAAAUAUAUGCACACAUGCACUCAAAUUAUAUAUGUAUGUAUAUAUAUAUUUAUUAUAAUAUAUGAAAGAAGAAUUAGCAGAAAACUGAAUAUAAGAUUUAACCUUUCUGGAAAUGUAAUAAACCAUGUUAAAUUGUUUACACAAAUAUGUGAAUGUCUAGAAUUUGCUAGGUUUAUAAUUCCUUCCUACUAGAAAUGUUAUUUUUGCUGCAGAGAUUAUAAAAUGGAAUUGAUCUUGAUGAUCCCAUUACAGUGUUAAAUUAUUUUCUAGAUAACACGGCUUUUGACUUGAAAAAGCAUUAAUAGUAUAAUAUAUUAUAGUUCUGUUACACUAGCCAUUUAAAAUGAAACACAAAAGAUCGAGAAGCCUGGUGUUGCUUGAUGAUGGGAUUAAGUAUAAAAAUGGGCUUACCAUUAAUAUACACAUGUAAAGUACUAGAAAAAAAUCCCAAACUGAUUUUCCUACAUUUUUAUUCCUCUGUGUGGGAAUUCAUCAACAUGUAAUAAAGUACAUUUUCAGUAAGGAUCUGGUAAGAUCAUAUUAUGAUCUAAAACAGAAGACAAUCCAUUGGGCUAACAAUAAAAUGUAAUAUAGUUUAUAUCUUUACAUUUUAUAGGGAGUCAUGGAAAGGAACAGAAAAUGAUGGUAAUGACAGAAUUCUAUAUGACUGUUGUGUCUCAUAACAUUUUUAUUUGGAAAAUAUGUCUUUGAUGGGUAAACAUAUGCUUAAGUACAAUUCUUCUGCAGAAGUACAAGAACAGACAUUUCAAACUCAUUUUGGUGUUAAAAAAAUAAUGCAUCACACUUAUUAUAUAAUAAAUCUCUAAGUUUAGUAUGGUAGUUUCUCAUUACACCAUGGAAAAAUCUAAAUGAUUCUGAAUACAAGAUUGUAGUAGCCACAUAUUACUAAUCAUUGACAUACCCUUGAGAAAUUUGUUUUAAUCAAAGUACAGUAUGAAGUUUUCUUCCUGUCAAAUGUUAUUAUGGAUAAGUUUCAUAGCAAUUUACUUCGAUUUCUGGCUUAUGGUUUGAAAACCAAUGAGUGAGCCUUUAGUUUUCCACAAAUAUAUAAAUACCUCUAUCAUUGAACUCCUUAGAAAGUAUAUUACUUUCAGAAAUUUAUUGAAACUUCCUCACCCAGUGGUUCUUCUCAUAGAUGCUAAUGUAUUUGCAAAAUUCAUGAAUGUUGUACUUCUUUUUAAUAUCCUAAAAUUUAUUUCCAGUAAAUCAAGAAACGGCCUCACAGCAGGAGAACUGAGACAGGCAGAUUGGCCUGGUUUAAUUCAGAAGCUGGAUAGUUGACAACCCAGAGUUGUAAGUCAGACAGAUUUUUGCUUUAAGGCCAUCUUCUGAGAGUGUUGGACCGAAAUGAUUUAUUUCUUUCCUAAAUUAUUGCUCGUUACUUUAUUCUUUUGACUACUUAACAUCCACAUUCCAGUUGGGAACUUUCUUUGCUGGAUGCAUCCCAGUUAAUUUGCCAUUGUCAUUGUAGGAAAAGAGGACAAGAUAUCGGGAUGAAGGAAAUUCCUAAAAAGUGUUUAGGACUCUAUUUUGUGAAUUCUUAAACAUGGUGUAGCUUUUCCAAAAUAAAUAAUGUAAACACUGGGCUCUUAUAACACCACUGUAAGAAUGAUCAAAAAGUCAGUCAUUUCAUGUAGUAUUUUUAGUCAUUUUUUUUUCAAAUUCAUGCUUUGGCCAUGAAGGAGACACAACUUGCAAUGGCUGAUAAAUGCUGUCAACCCAGUUUGAUGGUCAUUCACUUGCUUUAGCUUAAGUCACAAAUGGUCACUUAAUUUUCUCUAGUAUAUGUUUUAGAACUUCUGUGUUUAUUCAUACAAGAGUGAAAUUUUUAUUUAAAAUAAAAAAUGAAAAUGUUCAACACUGGGAGGAACCCUUCCUCCAGAAACACACUCACACAAUUGAAAGAUAAAAGUGAAUUUUAAAGAAUAGAAUUACCCUGCUAUUUGAUGAACUAAAUUUUACUUCUCUAGCUACAUACAUCUGGCCUUAUUUUGAGCACUAGAAUUUUAUUACCCACAUUUGCCUUUUCAUACUGAUCUGCUUUGAUAUGAUGAGGUUAUGAAUAAAAGCCAUUUGCUCAUUGUUUAUAUAUGCUACCUGGCAUGCUGUGCACUCUAGCUGCUGUAGUGCUAUUCCCUAAUGAGCAACUAAGAGGAGAAGACACAAUAAUGAACCAUGAAGUCUCCAGAGACCAUAGAAAUGCUUUUGAGACAUAAAAUAUCCCUUAGUUUUUAUUAUAAAUUUUUUAUUCACAGGGUAAAAAUAUAUCAGCAUAAGCAAUAGUACAAAUUCAACUGUUUUUUUUUUUUUAAAAAAGAGAGAAAGUAGCUUUAUUUGAAAAACUGUGAAAGCUGUUCUCACCAGGGGUUUUAAAAGGGAAUUUGGUUUACUUACAAUGGAAGCAUACUUUCACUAUGAUAUAGAAAAACAUACCCCUAAAUUGGGUAAAUCUUAAGACUGGAAUGCUUACCAAAGCUAUAAGAUUGGGUUGAUUUCCAGAUUGUCUAGGAAAGAACCUUUUUAUUUUAAAUCAUGCCAUACCAACCCAGUCUGAGAUUGCAAAUUAGUUUUCACUCAAAUAUUCCAGCAUUGUCGAUUAGUUAUCAUUUGCUUUAUAUGAUAUAUUAAAGGUACCGUUCUUCAUAUUUUGAUUCAUUUUAUAAGCAAAAAAUUUUAAUGCAUUUAAUUUACUGUAAGAAUAUAAAAAUGAUGUUGUAACAGAAUCAAGCAUGGAAAUGUAAAGGGUAGCCUCUGUUUAGUAUGUAGUUGUAUAUUACAGAUAAGAUGCCAGGAUAUGUACACAAAUUUUAUUAUAUGUCUACGUUAGGUGUAAAUACACCAAAAUUUCCUUAGUUCUUCCUCCCGAAAUUAAAAAACUACCAAACCAAACAACAAAAGUCCCUUUCUUUUCAUUUAAUAUUUAUGCACAAUUAGAUAAUAGUGGCUUCUAGUCAUAGGAAAUUGAGGGCAUCCAACUAAGUGAUGUUCAUCUAGCUGCCUGACCACAGACAUUGUGGCCUUCUGAAUUUGGGGGUAAUUGGUUACAAAGCAAUAGAUAACUAAUACAUCUCAGAGCCUCUGACUAUUCUACUAUUAGUUUGACAAUUUGUUUUUUAAAGAGAUUAUUAUUGUGGCGUAUGUAAAAAAAAACUGAAAAUGAUCUUAUUUUAAUUUUAUUUUUAACUUAGUAGAUGAGAAUGGAAUUUUAUCUAACUUGAAAUUUCAGAUGUUUUAAUAUAAAUAAAUUCAAAUAUCUUCUUCUUUAAAAUGUGAAAGUCAUUCUGUGUAGAAAUUCUCUUCAACACACUACAAUAUUCAACAUUUUCAAAAGUACCCAAAAAAGCUUCAUAAAUUUUAUUAUUUAAUUUUCUGUAAAGCAUUGAUUCAUUCUUAAUUAUAUAUUCUUCAAAAAUAAUAGGAAGUACCUCAGGAGUGACAGAAGAUGCUUCCCAUUUUUGUUUUGUAAUGCUAAUUUACAUUUUGAGUCUUGGUUUACUUCAUUCUAAGAGUUAACAAUAAAAAAAUGUAACUAUUUAAUGAAUUGUCUUCCUGUGAUCUGAUGAUUUUUUAAGUAUUUGCUCUUCGUUUUAAAUUGAGAAAUUUGUUUUUGAGAGUCAUAUUAUCUAAAUCUUUAGUUAUCUAAAUAUUUUGGACUAAUGUUAACUUAAAAAUAAAUUAAAAUUUAGAAAUAUAUUCAUGAUGAAAAUUUUAUUCCUUACAUUGCUUUCUGUUUCUCUUCUCCCUCUUAUCUUUCUCCUUCUCUGAAUGCCCUUUCAAGCUUUGAACUUUGCAUGGACAAAGUCAAGAAAAGAGAAAUCCUGCUUUUUAAACAUUCAUUGCCCUUGAAUUUUAUGGUAUGUGUUUGCCUGAACAACAAUAAAAUUUAGAUCCAACAUGUUA